AGAUGACAAGAUAUGGAUGUGAAUUGUGACAUUUGCCUUUUGUUUGUCUGCUAUAAAAUUUUCUAAUUUUCUAAUAGUGGAUGUAUUUUAUCAUAUUAUAUUAUUUAAUUUUACAAUAACACACAAACCCUUUGAUUAAAUUUGAUGGCAUUACAAUUAUUAGUCUACUACCACAGCCAAAGUGACUGAUGCAGUAGGAAUGGUGAAUCAUCUCUCCAAAUACUUUAAGCAGUGGUUUAAUUAAUAGACAGCUCUAUCAACAUAUUCCUCUUUAUUAGUUUAGUCAGAGGGAAAAAAAGACCAAAAGACAUUCAAAAUGGAGUGGUUAUUUGGUCACCGGAUGACUCCGGAGGAGAUGUUACGCAAAAACCAGCGUGCGCUGAACAAGGCCAUGAGGGACCUGGACCGGGAGCGCAUGAAGAUGGAGCAGCAGGAGAAGAAAGUCAUCGCUGAUAUCAAGAAACUGGCAAAAGAAGGACAGAUGGAUGCGGUCAAGAUAAUGGCAAAAGACCUGGUGCGUACCCGUCGCUACGUGAGGAAGUUCAUGCUAAUGAAGGCCAACAUCCAGGCCGUGUCCCUCAAGAUCCAGACUCUGAAGUCACAGAACACGAUGGCGCAGGCAAUGCGCGGCGUCACACGCGCCAUGGCCACCAUGAACAGACAGCUCAACAUGCCGCAGAUACAGAAGAUAUUACAGGAGUUUGAAAAGCAAUCAGAGAUUAUGGACAUGAAGGAGGAGAUGAUGAGCGACUCUAUCGACGAGGCUAUGGAGGCGGACGACGACGAGGAGGAGAGCGACGCGGUGGUGUCGCAGAUCCUGGACGAGCUGGGGCUGCAGCUGAACGACACGCUGUCGGGGCUGCCGCAGGCCACGGGCUCGCUGGCCGUGUCGGGGCGCGGCGCGGCGGCGGCGGCGCCGGUGGCGCUGGCGGGCGGCUCGGGGGGGGGCGCGGCGCCCGACGCCGACGCCGAGCUGCAGGCGCGCCUCGACAACCUGCGCCGCGAGUGA